AUGAAGGGAGCAGGUGUGCAGCGUACAAAAAGUGGCACUACCAGUGAUGAUUCAAUUCUUCAUCCAGAGAUGUGGUGGGGGCAGUCUUUUACAGAGCAAGAAGUAUCUCCUACAAAAUAUGUUUAUAACUAUUCACAAAUGGAUGAAAAUCAUCAAAGGACUCCAAUGUGUCGCAUUGCAGAGCUCGCUCGCUAUAAUAAAAUCAGGCAUGAGUACAAACUCAUGGACGAAAGUGGACCAGCUCACAAGAAGCAGUUCACCGUUUCACUUGUACUUACCCCUGAUCAGGUGUUUUACGGCAAGGGAGCGUCCAUUAAGAAAGCUCAGCAGUCCGCUGCUGAAACUGCCUUGAAUGGAACCAUUUUACCGAAGCCACCAGAUAAGAUUCCUUCAAAAAAAAUCAAAAGUGAUUUUCAAAAUCCAGUAGUCUUACUCAAAUAUGUCGCAGGACGGCUUGGAGUUGAAAUUAAAUUCAUUGACGAAGUAGUGCCGAUAUGCCCAUCACCACAACAUCCCAUAACCCGUUUGCCAAUGCAGCCACUAAUAAGAACUCCCUUCAUCCCAGUAAUUAACGAACAGUUCUUGGUUUUUCCACCGCCUAGAGUAUUAUUUGGACAACCACGUGUUCCUGCAGCAUUGCAACCGAACUCCCGUUAUAGAAGUGACUGUAUUUCUUUUUUCUGUAUUCUUAGCAGCUACUCUAAAACUAAUUGCAGGCCACUAAUAAGAACUCCCUUCAUCCCAGUAAUUAACGAACAGUUCUUGGUUUUUCCACCGCCUAGAGUAUUAUUUGGACAACCACGUGUUCCUGCAGCAUUGCAACCGGUACCAGUUAUGAUGCGACCACCAAAUGCAGUAAUACCUCCGCGAUUCUCAUUCUUUCAUCGUUACCGAUCACCUUCACAACUUCACAAGGUUCGUUUGAUAUUAAGUAAGGAUUUCCCAGAAUUUAUUGGGAAGGGAAUUACGAAGAAGAGGGCCAAAAACAGCGCUGCUAAUGAGGCUCUUUCUUAUCUAGGACCUUAUUUGGCUACGCUGGAAGCACAGUCGAAAAGCAAAGUGAUGAAUGGGUCAAAGAAUGAAUUAAUGACAGUUGAAAUCGAAAACAUCAGAAAAGAUCAUUUAAAAUCAGUUGUCACAACGGCACGGAAUGGGAAACCAAAGUCUUCUAUCUCUCAAAUACACGAAUGUGCUCUUCAAAUGCGCAUGAAUGUUGAGUUUUUGGUUUUGAAAGAGGAAGGACCAGCUCACGACAGACAUUACUUAUUACGCUGUAAGCUUAUUUCAGCAGAGCAGAUUAUCUCUGCAGAUGGUGAAGGAAGUAGUAAGAAAAUUGCAAAGCAGAAUGCUUGCUCGUUGAUGUUAACUAAAUUACAGUCUAUUGAAUCUUCGCCAGUUUUCAUCGCUGCUGCCAUGUUAAAAUCGCAAAAGAAAAUCGGAGCACCAAAGGAACUUAAGCGAAAAACGAUUAGCAAGGAUAUGAAAAUGAAUCCGGAAUAUGGUCAUCAAAUUAAUCCAGUUAGCCGUUUGAUGCAAGUUAUGCAAGCGCGAAAGCAAAAUGAGCCAAAAUUCCAGCUUGUUGCUGAGCGCGGACAAAGCCGUUACAAAGAAUUUGUGAUGGAGGUGGUCUGUGAUGAUGGCCUUCGCUGCGAAGGUAUCGGUCCUAAUAAAAAACUUGCAAAAAGAGCUGCAGCUGAAGCAGUGCUCGCAAGGAUUGGUUAUGUGAAACCAAUGCCGAAACCUGGAAAAAGUCUUCUUAAGAAAAAACCUGAGGAGUAUAUGCAACAAACACGUAUUGGUAUGUUCGAACUUGAGAAAGAAGGGAAAUUAGUGCUACAAGUUAAUGAAAACGAAGAUGAAGCAAGUGUUGAGAAAGUAUCAGAAGUUACUUUAUCUGUGACUGCAUCGAUGGGGUCACAAGUGAUGGCUUUCGCUGAUGUUGACAGGACUUUGUAUGCCGGUGAACGAAAAGGUGUCCGGGGUAUCACUGCUGCCGAAACUAAAAGCAUUAGUGAUCAAGAAAAUAGCAAUGCAAGACAACGCGCUGCUCAGCCAAAGCGUCAUGUUACUUUCAGUAAUGAAGUUAGUGCAUGUCCGCCAUCCGAUGAUGGCAGCUACCCUUCGGCUUUCAUAACACCGCUGAAAUCGGAUGUAGUUGUUGUCAACAAGCUUCGCAAAAAAGGUCGCGAUUCGAAAAAAUGGCUUACCGAGAUCGAGAAGAAAGAAAUUGCUGAAAUGGCUCAGGAAUUCUUCAAGUGUUGUAAUAUCAUUCACACACUGAACAUAGAUGAAAAAUUAGAGGGUGACGGGUUUGUGUUGGUGGGUCGCCAGAUGGGGCAAAUGUCUCUGAAUGAGAUGCCGUCAUCCACUGCAUAUUCAGCUGCUAGACGUCAUCUGGGAUCUAUAGCCGAGCACUACAAAUUCUCUGUUAAUUAUACCGAUUUUCCUGUGACUCCGAGUGGGAUUGGUGAUCAGUAUUUUUCACUUAUUUCGAUUGGGAUCGAUAAGCCUGUCGUAUGUCACGGAAGUGGAAAUACCGAAGAGGCUGCUCAUGAAAAUGCUGCUCGUAAUGCCUUACUGCUUCUUUGUAAAAUUUGGAUGGUGUAUUAGGCGUUACACGAAAUCGAUUCGUCAUUCUCAUUGUCGUUCUUUUAAUAAAAUAAAAAUCCAGAGUUACAACCAUUUAUCACGAGGUGCGUAAACAAAUUUGACAUUAUCCAC